CUCAAACCGUGUUUCGCGCUGCAUUGUCUCACAAUAUUUGCUCAUCAUGAUGGCAACGAAUGGAAAAGCUGCGUGCGGGGUGAGAGAAGACGCGUCUUCGAAUGGAAACAUUGAGGAUACUUCCAAAUCGCACUCAGUUGUGGGGAAUGGAGCCACGGCGGAGGCGUCCCAGCCGCAGAGGUUCACCUUCAGCCCUCAGCCCACCAUCGAGGAUAUUCGGCGUUUGCAGGCCGAGUUCACAGACGAGAGGGACUGGAACCAGUUUCACCAGCCCCGCAACCUGCUGCUGGCCAUGGUCGGCGAGGUGGGAGAGGUGUCGGAGCUGUUCCAGUGGCGGGGGGAGGUGGCUGAGGGCCUGCCGGACUGGACCGAGUCCGAGCGGGAGCAGCUGGCGCACGAACUGAGCGACGUGCUCAUCUACCUGGUGGAGCUCGCGGAAAAGUGCCGCGUCGAUCUGCCACAAGCGGUGCUGCGUAAAAUGGCCCUGAACAGAAUGAAAUAUCCCGCCAGCAAGGUGCAUGGGUCGGCCAAGAAGUACACUGAAUACAAGGACUGAGUUGAUGUCGAUGAGGGGACGCCGGUUGCAAUGAUCGUGGAGCUGCUGUUUCUUUUUUUUGAGCCCAGAUCUUCAUCUGGUGAACAUUUCACUCCCGGGUUUAAACCUUGUUGAUUGGACUUGCCAACACUCUUUAAAGUGGUGUUUUCUGCAAAUAGCUGCUUAUGCAAAUACCCUGGGUUUUACUUUACUUUAAAACGUUUGAGUGUACAUUUUGUGAUGUUAUAUAUAGUGUGAGUCUGUGUGAGAUGUGACACAUUUUGAACAGAAAAUGUGCCUGUUGUGCAACGCCCUCUCUGGGGAUUAUGUAUAAAAUAUGCUCAACUGAAUGUGUUUAGUACAGACAGAGUGGAUUAACAUGUGGAAGCAAGUGAUUUAUUUACACUGGCAUGGAAAAUUCAGUUGAAGCACAUGCAGAUUGUGGGUUUUGUUUUUUUGCUUGCUAAAUACUCCUAUCCUCAAUUGUACCAGUUUUGGAUGUUUUGCUUGCAUGACAACUAUUGCUCAAGUAAAAGUGGCAUAAAAAA